ACGUGGCGCUGGCUAAAAUUAUAACUGUGCGGCGUUUUGCCUUGAUUUCUGUUCACACGGAAGCAAGUUCAGAGAGCACGAAAAUGAUCUCCUUAACAGACUCGCAGAAAAUCGGGAUGGGAUUAACAGGCUUCGGCGUGUUUUUCCUUUUCUUUGGGAUGAUCCUGUUCUUCGAUAAAGCUCUACUGGCCAUAGGAAACAUCUUGUUUGUUGCAGGUCUGUCAUUUGUUAUUGGCCUGGAGCGCACCUUCAGAUUUUUCUUUCAGAAGCACAAAGUAAAAGCUACGAGUUUCUUUUUGGGAGGAGUGUUUGUGGUGUUGAUCGGAUGGCCCAUCAUCGGUGUGGUGUUGGAGAUUUAUGGCUUCUUCCUCCUUUUCAGGGGCUUCUUCCCAGUGGUCGUGGGCUUCAUCAGAAGAAUACCUAUUCUCGGGUCUCUGCUUAAUCUCCCUGGCAUCAGUGGGCUGGUGGACAAAGUUGGUGAAAGCAACGCCAUGGUAUAACAAAAGUACACUUAAAAAAAUGUCUUUGUUGUCACCACUUAUUUAAACUCCAAUCUUAUUUGUAACUUGAUGCCCUUUUGGCAACCAGUGAAUGUCUGUCUGAAAUGAAACGAGAGUUCCUCAUGUUUGAGAAAAGGCAGUGCUUUUACGUGGCACAUUUAUUCACCUUAUACAAGCAAUGUGACCAAUAGAGAGCUGUUAUUGCUGGGAACUGAUCCACAGCCCAAAUUGGGCUCGGCUACUUUCUCUUCUGCAUACCUCCAUCAGAGAGGUAAUCAGUGACUGACUUGAACCAACAGAGGGUGUCUUUCGACGGUGCACCUGUUUUCUGGCUUUUGAAUGACAUGCUAUGGGAGGGACACGAGCUCGCUACUUCGUUCUUGGCUUUCUUUAUGCCGCUGUGACAGAAUUGAAAGAUCUCCAUGUUCAGGUGCACGCUGCUUUUUUUGGGUGUGCUGUAUUGAAGCUGUUGCAAGAACUGCACACUGGAUCAGCCACAAACUUCAUGUUACUGACUCAGUAAGGAAUUGGUAGCCUUUUUGAAACACAUGAUACUACGUACAUGUAAAUAUGUAUUUUAAGUAAUGUAUUUUUUUUUUUUUUUUACACAGAGAUGGUAACAAUUUAAUAAACCUCUCACUGUCUGUAAA